UUUUCCUUUUUGCCUCAUGGUGCAUUGUCAUAGAAUUGCUGGAACACUGCUUAGCGGGGGGUUUAGAUAAAUAAACGCACCCGCGGGCUAUGGAGAACAAGGAUAUCGAGAGUCUGCUAUCAACCGAUGGAUACUGAGCUAUGAGUCGGGGUUGGAGGCUGCAACACUAGUGACAUGAUCUCUGGCCCUGCCUCACUAUCAUGAUAUACCAGUACCUUGCCAUAUGCUGCACCUGUGAGGGCCUGUUUCAAGCCACGAUCCGCGAAAACAAAAUCGGCCACAGCCGGGCUGAUCGGCGACCACGUGCCUCACACGAAGGGAGAUCUAGUGGUUUCAAGGCUGUCAAUUAUAAUAAAUCGCAAUCUGACCUUUUGAUAGCAUCUUGAGCACGCUAAAUUGUGGUAGAUCCAUAGCUCAAACGAGAGACUCGCAAUGGAUCUACUCACCAAUGGUAUAGUGAAUAUUGCUUCGAAAAAGGCGGAGAAGCACGUGCAUGUAUCGCCUGAGGAUCCAAGGUUCCUGUGGUACAUUCUGGUCAUUGUGGUGCUGGUCUUAUUGGGAGGAGUGUUCAGUGGACUCACUCUCGGGCUCAUGGGCCUGGAUACGGUCAAUCUCCAAGUGCUUCAACAAGCAGGGACGGAUGACGAGAAGUUGCAAGCACCCAAGGUCUUGCGACUACUCAGGACAGGUAGACAUACCAUUCUGGUCGUGCUGCUCCUGGGAAACACUCUCGUCAAUACCUCGUUGCCGAUUUUUAUCGAUUCACUGGUCGGUGGUGGUCUGAUUGCAGUGCUCGGAAGUACAGCCUUGGAGCUGAUCUUCGGAGGAAUCCUGCCUCAAUCAAUAUGCAACCGCUACGGUCUAGCCAUCGGGGCGACCUUCGCUCCAGCCGUCAGGAUCCUCGUGAUACUGAUGUAUCCCAUCGCGAAGCCGAUAGGCAUGCUACUGGACAGAUUUCUAGGUGCAGCUGAAGAAAGCAUCACAUACCGCAAAGCCGAGCUCAAGACAUUCGUCUCUCUCGGUGUCGAGGACAAACUUGGAGAGGACGAAGUCUCCCUACUCGGCAGUGUCCUGGAGUUCUCUGGCAAGACUGUGGAGGAAAUCAUGACGCCGUUCGAAGAUGUGUUUGCCCUUUCUGCUGAGAAGAUAAUGGAUGACGAGAUCAUCUCCGAAAUCCUGCGGAAGGGAUACAGCAGAAUACCAAUCUAUGAGCCAAGCUCGCCUGGCGCGUUUAUCGGCUGCUUGACCCUUCGCGCGCUUGUUGGAUACGAUUCAUCGGACCUCAAACCGGCCUCUGCACUCGUCACACAGCCAUUACCGCAGUGUCCACCGGAUCUGCCGCUCCUGGAAGCAAUGGCAUAUUUCCAAGCGGGUCGCAGUCAUAUCCUGUUAGUAUCCGAGACACCGGGUAAGGAUACCGGCGCCGUGGGAGUUGUGACACUUGAGGAUGUCGUGGAAGAACUCAUCGGACGAGAGAUCAUAGACGAAACGGACCAAUAUAUCGAUAUACAUAGCCGAGUCAAGGUUAUCAGACGUAAAGACAAAGGGGAGCAGUGAGUUAUUGUCGAGCCUCGGCCGAAGAUGCGCCACCACUGAAUUCAUUCGCACCUCGCUCAGAUCCGGGCUCAGACGCAUAUUUGAAGGACGUCUAGCGCGUCGGAGAGUGGUCCUGGAUAGACAAGGCCGAGGAGGGGAGGAGGGCUCGCUGAUAGACCAUCCGUCCAUUGCAUAAGCUAUAUGAUUUGA